AAGAGGAGGAAGGAGAAGAUCAUCUUUGCGUCAGAAGCAGCAGUGACGAGACACCACUGUCUGCGUGGCCACAAGCAUUGCUGUGAGACUGUGAUUGGCGAGAUUUGCCGGGAAGGGGCAAUAUCUUUGAUGGUGGCUUGCUAACCGGGCGGAGGAUCGCACGGUUCUGGACCGCUCGCGGAUAGAAAAUGCUCGCGUGUAUCGCGUGUUCGACCAAGGAUGGCGGGGAGGGCAGCCACCGGUCCGCCGCCUCCACGCCCAACGCCGGCAAGUCUCUGACUUCACAGUUGAAGGACAUGGUGCUCAAGUUUUCCGGCAGCGGCAAGCAUCAGUACAAGUCCGGCGGGAGCCCGUCGUUGAGGAGCAGCCGCUUCCACCGCUCUAGCCGCCUCGCCGCGUACCCUGGCAUCAUCGACGAGUCGGGCUUCACGUCGGACGGGGCCGGUGAUGCCUACACUUACAUGAGGACGACGACGAUCGCCGGCGGCGCGCGAGCGGCGCCGUCGACGUGGGACUUGCCGCCCAAAGUGAACCACCGAAGCUUCCAGCCGCGCGUGAUCAGGAGCCCGAGAGCGAGCGGGAUACCGAGCAUCGGGGAGGAAGAAGACGACGACGACGACGAUGAUGACGAUGACGAGGAGACCGUCGUCCUGGAGGAGGACCGCGUGCCGAGGGAGUGGACGGCGCAGGUGGAGCCCGGCGUGCAGAUCACCUUCGUCUCCAUCCCCGGUGGCGCCGGCAACGACCUGAAGCGCAUCCGAUUCAGCCGGGAGAUGUUCAACAAGUGGGAGGCGCAGCGGUGGUGGGGGGAGAACUACGACCGCGUGGUGGAGCUGUACAACGUACAGACGUUCAGCCGGCAGCAGGGCCUCUCUACGCCGACGUCCUCCGUCGAUGAAGCCAUGCAGAGAGAUUCGUUCUAUUCCCGCAUCGGCUCGACGAGGGAGAGCCCGGCGACGACGAUGAUGCCGCCGCAGCCGUCGUCGGCUGGCAGGGAGCACCCGAUCACCCGGACGGCGUCGAACAAGGCGGUGUCGUCGUCCUCGGCGGCUCGGCCGCCGUUCUAUCCGUCCACGGCCGUGCCGGACCCGUCCGACCACGUGUGGGCGCACCACUUCAACCUCCUCAACUCCGCAGCCGGGCCGCCGGCGGCGCCGUACGAUCCGUCGCGCGGCACGACGUCGUCCCGGGACGAGGCCUCCGUGUCCGUCAGCAACGCGAGCGACCUGGAGGCGACGGAGUGGGUGGAGCAGGACGAGCCUGGGGUGUCCAUCACCAUCCGCGAGUUCGGCGACGGCACCCGCGAGCUCCGCCGCGUCCGGUUCAGCCGCGAGAGGUUUGGCGAGGAGCGGGCCAAGGUGUGGUGGGAGCAGCACCGAGACCGGAUACACGCGCAGUAUCUGUGAGCUAACGCGACACCCGCUGUCGUCGUGUGACAGUGUGACAACAACAGAAGCUAACGCCGCCGGGAGGAAUACUAGGUUAAGAGUGUGAUAGUGAUGAACAUAGGAGGAAUGGGGGGUGGUCUGAGAAGCAGCAGGCUCAUGAAGUCAGGCUGCUCCUCUUGUUGACUGACCACUUUGGUCUCUUUCGGUUUGUACCUUUGAUGAACAGGGCGUUGGUUCAAUUCGUUUGUUUUAACAUGGUUUCAUGUGCUCUUCGACGGCAGAAUGAUAUGGCAUGUAUUGCUUGUUGAGUGCACCAGUUCAAAUUAUACUAGCUGACAAUAUUGUCUGGUUUCCAGCACUCAAAAUUGGAACGUUAGGGUACACGAAAGAUGAUACAUCAUCUUGAAACAAAUGUUUAAGAAGCCCCAGGUGAAGUCAAAAAUCAGAUUACCAUUGU